AUGACCGAGCGGCUGGGGCCUGCAACUUAUAAGCUUCCAAUCCUCCGCUCCCUUCAUCCACGGUUGAACCAAACUGGAAACUCGUAUGAUCCGCAUGGAUUCCCAAUGUCUCAGCGCUUCGAAACACACGAAAGUGAGGGUGCUACUGGAAUGAAGCUUAACAUCACUGCUCGCAUGAUGGCCGUUCAAGCGCCCUAUAACUGGGGCCGCGAGGAAAGUGAAGGCUUCUUUACCCGUCACUUCUUCCGCGCUCUGUUCCAGCGGGUACUCCUCGACCGAGGUGUUGUACCCCAGCCCGGUAUUCCUAAGGAUCUUUACAAUGAUGAUGGUGACAUCGAUAGGCCCCCGCCACUUAUUCUUGGAUCUCUGCGCAAGUCGGCUUUCACGUCUUUCGCUGCAUAUGUACGAGCGGCUACUGUUCGACUCAGCCGGGAUCCCCAUCAUGGUAUGAAAAUUCGGGAGCACAUUUGUACAAUGAGCGAUGAUGAGCUUGAUCGCUACGAAAACGAAUAUCAGUAUGCCAGGAAAAAUCUCAGUUUGGUAUGGAGUCUUAUGGCUUUCAGUGCACAGGUCGUUGAGGCGAUUAUUGUGACAGAUCGAUGGCAAUUUUUACGCGAGCAUGAUUCAGUCAAGGAAUGCUGGGUGGAACCUGUUUUUGAUUACUCUAUCAGUCCUCGCAACCUGGCUGUCAUCGGAAUCAAGGCAUAA